AUGUCAAAUAAUCCAGAUCCAAAUCCUGACCCGUCGCAAGUACCAGACGAUCUCCUCUCCUCGGAGGAGCAGCAGCAGCGUGAUGGCCAGAUCGAGGAAACGGUCGACGCAGCGCCGGCGAGCUUGGGCUCUCCAAGUAGAGUCUUAAGCAUUGAUACUAGGGUGGAACAAGCUUGGGCGCACUGGAAAAAACUGGGUAGACCAAAGUAUAUCGUUGCUCCAAUGGUGGAUAACUCGGAGCUGCCGUUCCGAUUGCUCUGCCAGAAAUACGGAGCUCAGGCGGCGUAUACGCCGAUGUUGCAUUCUAGGAUCUUCAGCGAGACUGAGAAGUAUCGUAAUCAGGAAUUCACCACCUGCAAGGAGGACAGGCCAUUGUUUGUGCAAUUCUGUGCUAAUGAUCCUGAUACACUAUUGGAAGCUGCAAAGAGAGUCCAAAAUUUCUGCGAUUAUGUUGAUAUCAAUUUGGGGUGUCCACAACGUAUUGCGAGGCGAGGGAAUUACGGUGCGUUCCUGAUGGAUAAUCUUCCAUUGGUGAAAGCACUUGUUGAAAAGUUAGUACAGAAUCUCACUACUCCCGUAUCCUGUAAAAUCCGGAUCUUCCCAAAGCUUCAAGAUACACUCAACUACGCUAAGAUGCUAGAGGAUGCUGGUUGCUCGCUGCUAGCUGUUCACGGACGAACAAGAGAUGAGAAAGACGGGAAGAAGUUUAGAGCUGACUGGAGCGCCAUCAAGGAAGUGAAGAACGCACUGAGAAUCCCAGUUCUUGCAAAUGGGAAUGUUAGAUGCAUUGAAGAUGUCGAUGACUGCAUCGAAGCGACUGGUGUUGAAGGAGUUCUUUCCGCUGAGACGCUUCUUGAAAACCCGGCGGUCUUUGCCGGGUUUAGAACAGCUGAAUGGGCAAAAGGUAGUGGAGAAGAAGAGGGAUACGUCGAUGGAGGAUUAGAUCAGGGAGAUUUGGUUGUUGAGUAUUUGAAGUUGUGUGAGGAGCAUCCGGUUCCAUGGAGGAUGAUUCGGUCUCACGUGCAUAAGAUGUUGGGAGAUUGGUUUAGGAUUCAUCCACAGGUUAGAGAACGGUUUAAUGCUCAGAACAUAUUGACGUUUGAGUUUCUAUACGGUCUUGUGGAUGAGCUUAAAGAGCUUGGAGGACGAGUUCCACUCUACAAGAAAAGGAAGUUAGAUACUCUUAACGUGAAAGAAGAGUCUCCAAAAAGGGUUUAG